AUGUACAAAAUGAAUUUAACUGGUGGUAUUUUCGGUGCCCUUUUGUGUUCGCCCGUUCUGGGUCAAAUUCAUCAUUUUUAUUCUGGAUUUUUCAGCGGGGAUUCAUUGUAUGGGAUUGAAUUCAACGAGGCGUCUUCCAAGUUGAAUGUUGUUUAUAACGGAUCUCUCGACCUCUCGAGCUCUAAGUGGGUUGCUACAGAUAAAGAAAAAAGGAAUAUUUACAUCACGGACGAGAACACGUACCAAAGUUAUUCCAUUGAUAAGAAUUAUUCCUUGGUGUACAAGGGAAAUGUUUCGAUUUCAGAAAACUGCGAUAACACGAACUACAUCGUGUCCUCAACAGCUAAGCCAUACACUGUUUUUGGUGCACCCUAUUCUGAGGGAUGUCCCGGACAGGUCAUCGCAGUCGAUGCCUCUGGCACUUUGGAAUCAGUAAAAGCCAACAUAACAUACAGCAGUGAUUCAGGAGUGCACGGCCUUGCACUAAGCAGUGACAAUCGAUUUAUCUAUUCUGGCGACGACAUGGGAAGUGCCGUCUGGACUCAUUCAUAUGACGAGAGCACCAACACAGUGUCAAAGCUGCAGCGACUCAAUGUCACCCGGAACCCAAGACACCUAGUGGUAUCACCACAGGGAUCCUUUGUUUACGUGAUUCUUGAAGAGAACAACCAGCUCGCCGUUUUCAACCGUGAUAAAUUUACGGGAAUUCUCAGCGGAAGAAAUAAGACUUAUUCUCUCCUUCCCUCAUCCUACUCUAACAGAUCCCUUUACUGGUCCGAUGAGGUUAUGUUCUCGGUCCCUCAACACAACGACAAGUACCCCAAGUAUCUUUUCGCCAGCGUUCGCUCUAAGACUUCCACAGAUCCCGGAUUUGUGGCUGCUUUCUCACUUGAUAGCACCACGGGGUCUAUCAAGGAUCGACCUUUCCUCCUUCCGACUACUGGACCCGGUGGUGCCUCGAAUUCGAUCACACCUGCAACCUUUUCGGAGGAUUAUUUCGCGAUUGCGGAUGCGCAGGACAAUUUCAUCGAGGUGUGGAAAUUGGGUGACAAUGCUACUACAGCUGCCGUCGUAGCGCAUCUUGAUGUCGAUGACAGUCCAGCUAAUCUAGUUUGGGUGGAUUGA